AUGUUGGUACAGAAAUGUUUCAAAGGAAAUGCCACAAAGACACGGUUCUGGUGACUAACAUCCGGACAUGCCAUUAUGGUCAGGAGCAUCUUUUUAUAUCAUAAUAUCAAAGACAGUUUUAAUAGAACAAGACGACCGCGUCAUAAAUCCUACACUGACGUCAAGUCGGUGCAUCGACCGCCGAACGGUUUGUGUGUCAUCCAUAUUUAUGCUGAAUGGGCCUGUUUUUUUUCGCUUUCUUUCUCUCGUUUCCUUUUCUUCCUUUCAUUUUUUUCUCUUCUAUUUGGCGUACAGCUGACCACGCUUUGUGCCUGAAUUUGCAUAUUGAUGUAAACCACCGUCAGCAAUCUACAUUUCGGAGUGAUUAAAUUGUUCGACCGUUCGGCGAUGCGGGCUGCCCAGUGCGGGUUAGGAUAAACAUAAUAAAUUGCCGACAGAUGUGUGGUGCUGAGGGUAGAACUGGUUUUCUAAGCUGCAAAAGACUUUAGCCCAAAAAAGCAGGCACUAAGAGAAUUAGCAAAUUAAAGAUUUGUGGUGGUUGUGUUUUGGUUUUUCGGGUGGCUCGGGUCGAGCUGAUUUCAGAUGCGUAGAAACCAGUUUAGUCGCGUUGAUGUUUGCGGAUCGACGAUCCGUUUGGGGACAAAUUGCUAUCGCGAGGUGUUUCGAUUCCUUCGGGUGACACUAUUUAAUCAUCAGCAUACACACACUUUCUCUUUCUUUUGCGAGCGCGGACAUCCGAUUUCGAUACGGCUGGGCGUUGUAAUUUGAGCUUUUGAUGUUUGAACGAUCAGUUGGUGAGGUUGAUGUUCCGCUACUCGGCAAGAAGAAAAGGCGAGAGAAGAAGAAUCGUAAAAUCUAGAAAUAGAUUCACACGGGUUAAUAAGCAAAACAAGACCAAACAUCGCCUCCUGACGAGAAAGUGUGGGCAGGUUGGUUUGGGCAAUCGACGUUAGCAUUCGUGAUUUGGGUCGUCCGAAACGACAAACCUGUUGGUGGUGCUCUGUUGUGUUGCGUUUUUUUCCUAUAGUAUACCGCGAAAGCUUCCUUGCUGGUUCAAGCGCUCGAUCUAACGGUUCUUGCAGGUUGAUUCGGUAAGUUGCCAAAUGAAUAGUUUAGAAAGCAUCAUUUCGCCGUGUAUGGGUGAGCUGGGCAUUGAGUCGGUAUCGGUAUCGGUUCGGUUGCGUGCUGCUGUGGUCGACAGUCGUGUUUCAGGAACAGAACGAAAAUGAGGCAACUACAGCUGCUCCUGGUCGGGGCGGUACUGCUAUUGAUGAUGGCGAUGCUGCUGACCGUGCACGGUGAACCGAUCAAGUCGAGUCACCACGGUCACGGCCACGGUCACCAUCAUCACCAGCCCCAUCACCAUCACAAGAAGAAGCACAGCGGCCAUCAUCACCAUCACAACAUGGUGUACGGGUUUGGCGAUCCGUUCGAGUCGAACGGUCGGUGGCUGCAGGACGAGAACGAGCAGUGCAACUGUGACGUGAUUGUGCAGAAGAUGAAGAAGCUGCGCGAGAAGGUGCUGACGGUGGUCAGCUCAUUUGAUAAGCUGCUGCAGGUGCAGGUAGAUCUGCGCAACAUUAAGAACAUGCUGAAGAACAUCGACCUGAGCUUGACCACGCUGGGAGGUUACGUUGCGAGCAGUGAGAGCCAGAUCGCUUUCCUCGAACAUCAAACGCAUGCAAUUUCACUUCAGCUAAGCCGAGCAAAGGCCGGUGUGGUGCAGCUGGUGACGAAGGAGAAUCUGGUGGAAGCGCUAGGACCGGUGAAAACGUCCACCGACUCACCGCCUCUGGAGGAGAAGGACGAAAUCGUGUACAGCUCGUGUCAGGAUCGGCGCAUCAUCAAGACGGGCGUGUACAAGGUGUACGUGAACAUCACCAAAAGUAUGUACGUGCUGUGCAGCUUGGACUUUGGCCAGAACGCAUGGACGGUGAUUCAGAAUCGUUUCGAUGGGUCGGAAACGUUCUUCCGGCCGUGGAAGCACUAUAAGCUUGGGUUCGGGUACUUCGGGUACGGCGAGUACUGGCUCGGGCUGGAGAACAUCUACACGAUGAUGUCGGGCCGGGAGUACGAGCUGUUGAUACUGCUGGAAGACUUUGAUGGUAAGUUUGCGUACGCCAAGUACAAGUACUUCCGCAUCGAGGGCGAAAAGGACGACUACAAGCUGGCCAAGCUGCACGGCUACAUUGGCAACGCGGGCAACUCGCUGCAGGAUGCGGAGGGCAUGAAGUUCUCCGCGUACGAUCGGGAUAAUGACAAAUCGCCGACCAACUGUGCGCAGGAGAAUCACGGUGGCUGGUGGUACAGGGCGUGCGGUGACAGCAACUUGAACGGUGCGUACCGGAAGGAGUACUCGCACGAUCUGACCGGAAUGUUCUGGAAGGAGUUCCGCGGGCUCAACUACAGCUUGAAGCGGUCUCGUAUUAUGAUCCGCUACAAGAAGGAGCACCAACACCAUCAUAAACCGCACUAUCAGCAUCACGGCUACCACCGAAUAGACGUGGAGGAUGGUGAGGAAGAGGUGGAUGAGGAGGAAGAGUUCGAGCCCGAUUUUGAGGUCGAGUUCUAGGGCAACGAGUUGGAAUCGUGAAUCAAUUAUUUAUAUUGCUUAUCAUAUUUAUAGCACCGAAAGCUUUCAAGCGCUGCAUCAAUAAAAUUUGUUUCGAUUACACUACUUGAUACAAUGCAA